AUGAGUUUUCAGAUCCCUGGAAAGGAGCACAAACCAAGCAGAACAGAUGCCCACACAGAUGGAGAAAUAGGGGACAGCCAGCAAGCAAAGUAUUCAAAGGACUCAGGGUUUCUUGGAUACGAUAAGGCAGGUGCCACCACAGAGUCCCCGUCCUCUCCUCCUGCAGCCCCAAGGCUAAGACGCAAGACACAGGCCCAGGAGGAGAAGGAGUGGGUGCCAAAAGGGGACCCCAACAAGGCUCAGAAGAUGCGAGUCCUGCUGGCUUCUUUCUCUGAGGAGCAGCUGACCCGCUACGAGGGGUAUCGCCAGUCCACCUGCCCCAGCACAGCCAUCAGACACGUGGUCCAGAGCGGGGUGGGCGACGCCCCCGUGGAGCUUAAUGCGCUCAUCUCCAGGGCCCGGCUGGCCAAGGUCUUCGUGGGGGAGGUGGAGGAAGAGGCCCUGGACGUGUGA